AUGAAUGAUCAUAAUUUUUUAUCAAUUCAGUCAAAUCGACGUUCAUUAAAACUUGAACUAGUCGAUGGUUCAAUUCAAGAAAUUGAAUAUGAAUUACCAAUUGAUCGAUAUGAUCUAUUACGUUUAAUAUAUCAUGAGCUUAAAUAUGAUCAAAUGUAUGAUUGGGAUACAUUUAAUGAAUCAACAGCAUUUACUCGAACAGAUAAUGGGAUUACAACAUUAUCACCAUUAAGUUAUUCAUCAGAUGAUAUCAUAUACAUCUUAGUUUUGCCAAAUAAUAAUAAUAAUAAUAAUAAAAGUCCAUUUGCAAGAUUUAAACAAUGGUUAUGGCCUGCUUAA